AGGGUAGCAGGAGUGAAGAGCUUAAUAUACAAACUGUAGGACAGCACUGACAGCGGAAGUAUGGCACACAUAUGGCUCUAUCUCGCACUGCUCUCUUUCAUUUGCUUUCCAGGUUCUUUUUCCAUGAGUGAAGAAGAAGAGUUAUUGAAUUAUCUUUUUGUGAAAAAAGGAUACAGGAAAGAUGUACGCCCAGUAGAAAACAUAGAUGAGACUGUGGACGUAUAUUUGGCGUUGAUGCUUUCCAACCUGAUUUCACUCAAAGAAGCAGAUGAAACGCUUACUACUAAUGUCUGGGUUGAGCAGGGAUGGUACGAUCGCAGACUGUCGUGGAAUCAGUCGGAGUUCUAUGACAUUGAUAUCCUUCGGGUUCCUCCAGACAUGGUGUGGCAUCCACAGCUUGUCCUGGAAAACAAUAACAACGGAGUCUUCGAGGUGGCUUAUUACUGUAACGUUCUGAUAGACAGCACUGGUUUUGUCUAUUGGCUUCCUCCGGCCAUAUUUCAAAGCACUUGUUCAAUCAAUGUUAAUUCCUUUCCAUUUGACUGGCAGAACUGCUCUCUUAAGUUUGUGUCUUUGACGUACAAUGCUAAAGAGAUUAACCUUCAACUAAGAGCAGAUUCUGACGAUGCCACAGGCAAAACCUUUCCUGUGGAAUGGAUCAUCAUCGAUCCUGCUGGGUUUACAGAGAAUGGAGAGUGGGAAAUUGUCCACAUACCAGCCAAGAAAAAUAUUGACAAGAGCGUGUCCCCUGACAGCAACAAAUACCAAGAUGUCACUUUUUACCUUAUCAUUGCACGGAAACCACUUUUCUACAUCAUAAACAUACUAGCUCCAUGUGUACUUAUUGCACUUAUGGCAAACCUGGUCUUCUACCUGCCAGCCGACAGUGGGGAGAAGAUGACGUUGUCCAUAUCUGUUCUGCUGGCCCAGUCUGUAUUUCUGUUGCUGAUAUCACAGCGUCUUCCUGAGACGUCUUUGGCCAUUCCACUAAUUAGCAAGUACCUUACGUUUAUCAUGGUGUUGGUGACAAUUGUUGUUGUAAGCUGUGUCAUUGUGUUGAACAUACACUUUAGAACCCCAAGCACACACAUCAUGUCUGAGAAGAUGAAAGAGCUCUUCCUGAACAAACUACCACGGAUCUUGCACAUGUCUAUGCCAGCGGAGCCCGAAUCUGAGCCAUGGAAUGGGGUCCUUCAGCGUCGCAGCAGUUCCGUGGGGUACAUUGUGAAAGCCGAGGAAUACUUCUGUGUUAAAUCAAGAAGUGAACUUAUGUUUGAGAAGCAGUCAGAGAGACAUGGACUGACCAGCCGAACAACUCCUGCACGAAUUAAUCCCACGAGCCCAGAUAAUGCCCAGGACCAACUUUAUGGAGAGAUAAAACCGGCUAUUGAUGGGGCUAACUUUAUUGUCAAACAUAUAAAAGACAAGAAUGACUACAAUGAGGAGAAGGAUAACUGGUACCGUAUCGCUCGAACAGUUGAUCGUCUGUGCCUCUUCCUUGUGACCCCUGUUAUGAUUAUUGGAACCUUUUGGAUACUUUUGGAAGGCGCUUAUAAUACAGCCCCUCAACUUCCAUUUCCUGGAGACCCGUUUGACUACAGAGAAGAGAACAAGAGACUUAUGUAGGAUCAGCUAGUUGUCAUUCUGAUACACACUUUGGGGUCUGUUCUGGUUUGGGUGUUGGACAGAGGAAUCUGGGCAGUAUGGAAAGUAACAUACCCUGAAAGUGGGAUGGCCUUGGCAUUAAACUUUUUUCUUUUUACUUUGUUGUCAGAUAAUAUUUCUUGAAAAACAUGAUGUUUGUCAAAUUAUUUCUAACAAUCAACUUAAUUUAACCAUUAAACACCAUCAUAAUGAUCAAUGUGUUGUGUCUGAGUGGUAACACUACAUUUAAACAGUAUAUUAUGCAGAAAAACUACGAGUAAGCACAACCAAGUAAAUGUCGGUGUAAGUGAUUGAGAUUCCCCAUUUAGUGUAAGGUAUCCUACUCAGAGGAUGGUAGCUAAGUAGAAUAGAAGAGGAUGUUAUUGUCUGGCUGCUUUCCUGCUCACAGCCAGGGCUGCACUGCUAAUGCUAAUCAUAGCCUAUCUGAGUUGCCAUGGCUACACUCCUGUGACUCAGCCCAUUGUCCACAGCCAGCCCCUUCUGGCUACCUAAGCAGCUAAGUUCACUUCCUCCUUGCCCUUGUGUUGUUUCUGGCUGCAAGUGCAAUAUCUGUGUUCCUGAGUUCCUGUGCAUAACCUGGCAGUUUGGUUCCUGACCCUGGCUUGUCUUCUGGUAUACGCUCUUGGAUCGCGAUUUGGCUUUGUUUGCUAUUGUUGUUACAAUAAAGGUGUUUUUCAUUCUA